CGCUGGGUGGCAGUGUGCGCGUUGAGGAUGUGCAACUCGUCUUCCGGUUUGAUUUCGUCGAAGAAGAAAAUGACUCAAUGGACGUAAUGACCUAAACAAACGUGUUUUUAUCACAUAUGAGGGAAAACCUUUGGGAUUAAAACGUUCCGUGUUAUUGUCUCGUCGUCUAUUGAUAUACAGUUUCAGAAACUGUCGUAAACAUUUGCGAAGCUGGACCGCUCCCCAGCUAGCUGACGCUAGCUCGGUGAAUGAAGCUGACAUGUUGACUCAGAGAUGUUUUCGGUGUCUGACAGCGGUGAGAAACAGUCGAGUUAAACUCCAGCUGAACGAUACAAGAUGCUGCUCCACUGCUCAGGGUGACGUGAGGGUCAGGUUUGCACCCAGCCCGACAGGUUUCUUACACCUCGGAGGCCUCCGAACGGCUCUCUACAAUUACAUCUUUGCCAAGAAGUAUGGAGGCUCAUUCGUCCUGCGACUUGAGGACACUGAUCGGAGCAGGCUGGUACCAGGAGCUGCAGAGUCCAUAGAGGACAUGCUGGAGUGGGCCGGUGUACCUCCAGAUGAGAGUCCUCGUCGAGGUGGGUCGGUGGGUCCGUACAUGCAGUCUCAGAGACUGGACCUCUACAGUCAGACAGCCCAGCAGCUUGUCGACAGCCAUCACGCCUACUACUGUUUCUGCAGCUCUCAGAGACUCGAGCUGCUCAAGAAAGAAGCUUUAAGGAGCGGACAGACACCGAGGUAUGAUAACCGGUGUCGUCACAUUCGGGCCGAGCAGGUCCAGGAGAAACUGGCUCGGGGAGUUCCACAUGUGAUCCGGUUUCGUCUGGAAGAGGGUGUCGAGCCUUUUCAGGAUCUGAUCUUUGGACGGAGUCAUCAUGACGUGGCCCAGGUGGAGGGCGACCCUGUAGUGAUAAAAGCAGAUGGUUUCCCCACCUACCACCUUGCUAACAUAGUAGAUGAUCAUCACAUGAGGAUCAGCCACGUGCUGCGGGGGUCCGAGUGGCUCAUCUCCACCUCCAAACAUCUCCUCAUGUACCGUGCUCUUGGAUGGCAGCCGCCCACCUUCGCACAUCUGCCGCUGCUGUUGAACAAAGAUGGCAAGAAGCUGUCCAAGAGGCAGGGCGAUAUAUUCAUCGAAGGCUACCAGAGAGACGGCGUGCUGCCGGAGGCUCUGCUGGACAUCACAACCAACUGUGGCUCAGGAUUCAACACCAAUCGAAUUGGACGCAGGAUAGAUGAACUGAUCUCUGAGUUUAAUCCUUCAAAGAUCACAACACAUUCUGCUCUGUUAGACCUGGAAAAACUACCAGAGUUCAACAGAGUUCAUCUGCAACGCCGUAUUGAAGAUGAGGAGCAGUGUGAUCUGCUGAUAAAAGAUCUGCAGGGACAGAUCCUGCAGGCCUGCGCAGCAGAGAUCCACGAUGAACAAGUACUGCAGGCGGAUUAUAUCAGGCGGGUGCUACACCUUCGUAAGGGUCACAUUUCCUCCCUGAAGGAGCUCGCAAGUCCUGCUUACUAUUACCUGUGGAUCCGUCCUUCCGUCUCCAGCCAGCAGGUGGCAGCGAUCACUGCAGAGGCCGAGCACAUAGCUUCAUUAGUGCUCAAGUUGAUGGCUGAGAGAAGUGAGGAGCUGAAAGUGGAUCAAAUCAAUAAAGAUCUGAAGACUCUGGUUAAGCAAACGAAAAGCAACCAGAAAAGAGAAGUGAUGAAGCUUCUACGUCUGGCUCUCAGUGGACUGCAGCAAGGGCCCAGCAUAGCAGAGAUGAUGGUGUCUUUGGGGCCCGCAGAGGUCAGCCAUCGUUUCCAGAACCUUCUGUUGCUUUCAGAGACGAGUUGAAGCCUGGACAGCCUCACUAACACCUGAAGAAGCUGCUGCUAAAGACGUGUGUGUUGAGAGUUACAUGUAACCACCUGGCGCUUCUGCCAAAGCUAACUGGGGUAUGUUUAAAAUGAACUGCACCCCAGUGACUUGAGUUAACUUGGAUAAUACUUGAAUUAUUCUAAAUAUUUUUAUAAAAGAGAUUAAAAAUUC